GUAGCUUAAUUCAAACAAAAAUGGUUAAUAAUGGAGAUUGCUCCAAUUUGGAGGAUUGGGUUGAGUCAGUGGCAAAUUGUUUGGGAAAAUGUCAACGAAACAGUGGUUCAAGCGCAUUUUGUUCGCCCUAAUCCUAGCGGCAUCCACAUCCGAGCGCCGCUACUCUCUGGCACUUUCGGGACCGGAGGCUUCGUCGGAGCUGAGUCGGGACCUGUUGGACUCGGCCAGAGCUCCCCAGUUCUUCGAUUGGUUGAAACGGAUCAGGAGGAGUAUCCACGAAUACCCGGAAUUAGGGUUCGAAGAGCAUCGGACGAGUCAGCUAAUUAGAAAUGAGCUUGAUGCGCUGGGAAUCGAAUACUCCUGGCCGGUUGCGACCACCGGAGUGGUCGCUGCUAUUGGCUCCGGCGGUCCUCCCACUGUUGGCUUAAGAGCCGAUAUGGAUGCUCUCCCUCUUCAGGUACUUCUUCUUCUUCUUCUUUAAAUAAUACUCCUACUUCGUUUGAGAAAAUUGAAAUGUGUAUUGUUCUAAAUUUUUUUUGAAGGAAGAGAAAUGAUGUUAAUCUUCCAUUCUUCUUAUUAGAAACAAAUAAGCAAAUUGUGAAAUUUGUUUUGAUAGGUAGUACUAGAAUUACGAGAUAAGUGUUUGGUGUAAGAUGUGCCAUGUAAGUGUUGUAGUGAAUUAAGCUAUUUGUACACC